AUGGAACCAAUGAAUAAUAUUAAUUCAUUUGCCUCCUCAUUUAGACCGGUCGCAGUUCCAACUGGGCACCAUGUCACAUUUUCUCAAUCACUCGGUGCCUGGUUACCGCGACCUCCCACCUUGGCCCCUAGUGCCACCGGACCCGUCUUCGCGGAAUGUUCAUCUCGACCUGCCUCUGCCUAUCGAGAGUUCAGACAUGCGUUUGGCUUGAUGUCACCCAAAAGCCUGUGA